AUGAACAGACCUUACUCUUUUAGAGCUUUACGGCUGGCCUUUGUUGAUGGUAGGGGGUGGAACCAAAGAGAAACAUUUCCCCUUUUAAAAUUUUUGUCUUCGUCAAAAAAUCCGGAAAAAAACGAACAGAUCCGAAAAAUCCAACAGAAUUUCUCUUCAAAAAUCCGGGAAAAAUCCGCGGAUUUUUAAAAAUCCGAAAACCCCGUACGCUUCGUCAAAAAAUCCGGAAAAAAUCCGAACAAAUCCGGAAAAUCCAACAGAUUUUCUCUUCAAAUAUCCGCUAAAAAAUCUGCGGAUUUUAAAAAUCCGAAAAUCCCGUACGCUUUUUUGGAGUGAAAUGCCCCUCGCCCCUCCCCCUCCGAUAAAUUUAGGGCAACAGUACAGCACUGGUGCAAAAGUCUCUAUUGCCCUAUUCGUCGACUAUUCGCGGACUUUCGGACUAUUCGUCAAAUAUUCGCACUAUUCGUCGACUAUUCGUCAAAUAUUCGCACUAUUCGUCGACUAUUCGCGGACUAUUCGCACUAUUCGUCGACUAUUUGCGGACUAUUCGCACUAUUCGUCGACUAUUCGCGGACUAUUCGCACUAUUCGUCGACUAUUCGCACUAUUCGUCGACUAUUCGCACUAUUCGCUUCACUAUUCUAGUUUUAUCAAUUGCCAUUUCCGUGUUACAAGCGGCGGAAAAUUUCCCGUGUUGACAUGGAGUUAUGAACAGUUACACGGCUCUUAGCCAAUCAGCGUUCAGAAUUUACAAAUGCUAUAUUAUAAAUUGUUUUCUUUAGCUUGCGGCUGUCAUGCUGAUGGAUCACUUGGUGUGUCAUGUGAUGAGAAUGGUUGCUGUGAAUGUCGACCGGGGGUACUUGGGGUGAAGUGUGAUCAAUGUGGGGAAAAUCGCUUUAAUCUGUCUGCCGGAUGUACUC